AUGGCAUUGGGGACUGCACAGGAACUGGGCGCCCCCUCUCUCACAGAACGAUACAAGCGGAACCGCAUGCGACGCGAAUGGCUACACGAGGCCACUCCCGGGGCACAAAGCUUUGGCAGGCCUCUGGCGGACGAGGAACGGACCCUGGCGGAUGAUUCAACCAUAGGUCCCGAGGAACCUGAUGCCUCGUCAGACGCACCUAGCGUCCCGGUACCCGACACGCCGGAGAACUCUUUGAACCUCUCAUCAUGGGGACAGUUCGACUCAGCCAAUGGCUUGGCCCUUCAUACCCACACGACCGAGGCAGGACCCAGCCCAGGCAACCUCAGUCCACUUGGGACCACUCGAUCUGGAUCUCCUUUGGCUGCCUCAUCAGGAGAAGACCCGACCGGGGUGAUUCAUUGUCCCAUUGGCCAAUGA